AUGGCUAUGGACAUAUGAAGCUUAUAUUCUUCAACAAGAGAAAAUAUUCGAAAUUAUGUUAAUUUCAAAUUGCACAAUUGAUCAUCGUAUAAUUUUCUAAAAUGUCGCACUAUUAUUCCAGUUAUGUGAACUACAUAUAUGAAUGCCUGUCCUGUUACAAUAUCCGUUUCUCUUUGUGGCAAAAUAUUUAGUAAGCAAUUGCGCUACGAGUUUUGUAAUUGUAAUAUGAAUAAAGUAUGAUUGUGUUUUGAGCAUAUCAUCCUCUCUGCAUGGGGUGAUAGCAAUAAGAGGGUGGUACGGCAACAACAAAUCUCUGUCUCCCCUUUUUUCUCUCUCCCACGUCCCUUCUCUACCCUUACGGAUUAAUACAACAGUGGAAAAAAUUGAAAAUAUCCCCGUGCUGUAAAAUAUGUGAAUUGCUUAAUUUUCGAGUAGAUGGAAAAUUGCUGUGCUAUUUUUUCGUCUUCAUCGUUUGUAAUCUACCAAGCAUAUAUAUAUAUAUAUAUAUAUAUAUAUAUAUACAGCGACAGUUUGAAAAUUAUUUGCGGAAUCAGAUGUCACAACAAAAGUCUAAUUUUCUAAUUGAUUAUUUUUCACAAAAAAUUCAAAUGAAAUUUGACCUGCAAUUAUGCCGAACUAGCUGCUUAUCUGACUGCUUUAUUUGUGUGAAUCUUAAUAUUACAGCCCUUCACGAAGCAAAACAUUCUUUGUGGAAAUAUUAUUGUCCUGCACAUAUUUACUUAAAUUGUUAGUGUUAGUGUCGAUGAUACACACUGUUUACACCACCACUACACUAACAUUCGCAAUAACAGUGUCUGACGCGCGUUUCGAUAACCAAGUAAACGUCUUCAGUGUGUUCGGCAUUGGGGAUAGUGGCCAUGAGCUCGGUAAUGUAACUUAUAACAACAAUUAAUAAUUUUUGAAAUGUAUAGAACAUAAUUGUAGCUAAUGAUUAUUAAUGUGGUACUCUAUAUAAUUUGAUGAAAAAGAAAAUAUUAUAUUCAGUUUUCAAUUUUGGUUUCCUUUUCAUUUUACUAUACCUGAUUCAUGGAUAAAUCGGAUUAUUUUAGAACUCUUCUGUUUUCACUGUUGGGCAAGGUGUAAUUAAUUUAAUCCAUAAGGUCAUAUCCAAAUUUGUAAUUUUAGUCCAUCAGAGCAUAUCACUCAAUUAACAAUUAUUCAAUUUACGUGGAUGCAUCAAAAACCUGACAAUGGACGAGAAGGACGAGUUGUUAUUAAUGCCAAUUAAAACUAACUACAUUUCGCACUUUGCGUGUAUGGAGUUUUGUUACAAAAUCAUGGAUGUCCUGAGGGAAUUACACCCUGGCCUCUAGUUUGGGAUCUCUUGUCAUGUUUAUUCCCAAACGUACAGUUUCAGUAAAAUUCAAGAUUGAUAUUUGCACUUAAAUUUAAAAUAAAUUCCCACCAGUUGGAUUUAUACAGACACUAAUGUCGAAUGUUUCGAGCAAUAUUUUAAAUACUCGUUUAUGCUCUCAUUUAAAUUCAAAAUAGGUACGCAAUUUUGAAAAUAUUUCCAGCAAUUUCUGAAAUUCAUGCUUCUACAUAAAUUUUUGGAUAUAUUUGAACAAAAGUAUCUCUAAAUUUGUAAAAAAGUUAUUUUUCUAUCACCAACAAUGAGAAGCGGAAAAAUAUAAUAGGACAACCAGUAUAAUUAUUUAAAUCUAUCAACAUAAAGAAUUUUUUUUUAAUUUGACACCUGCUCAAAAAGAUAACAGUUUCAUUUAUUGUGAUUUAUUUUAAUAAUCUAAUCAAUUCACCUUCUACUGUUGUAGUUACUAUUUUUUAUUACUUUCAGCAUUUUCCCCAAUAAAUGUUAUAUGAAUACCGAUUUAACAAUUUGGUAACUUUUCUGGGUUUAAAAUAAUGUGUAGCUAAAAUAUUGUAUAGGAUUCAAAGCAUCUGAUAUCUGGUCUGUAAACCGAAACAUAUUUUACGAUCACCAUGUCGCACCAUCUAAAGCUUUGGUCGCCAAGUGCUGGACAAAAUGAUUCUCCAACAUUUUCCACCUCCAACUUCCAAUAUGCAAUAUUAUGUACCCUCCACAUCUCAAAAAGCUGUUGAACUGGCAUCUUCUGCGUAUAAAAAUGAUUUAGAGACAUCAUAGCAUAACACAUAACAGACUAUCCCUAAAUAUUUUGAUUCGUUUAAAAAUCUAUAACCCCCAUGGCUACGACACUGGCGAUGGCGUGAGUAAUCCCAGCUGGCAAAUCUGUCUACAACAGAAUCACUACACACAAAAGAACCUCGAGGCGAUCCUCAUCCUCGUUAUUUGAAAAAAAGAGGAACCCGAACCACACGAAGUGGUGGAACUAGAGAGAAGAGAGAACCACCAUCAUCAGUCGUAUCAGUACCACAAACGGUAGUAUUAUUCUAAUAUGCCGCUGUUCCGUUUCGUAAAACUUUUAUCAAACAAAAAUAAACACCGAAUCUAAAUGAAAUCACCUCAAAUGUAUAAGAAUAUAUAAAAUUACUUUAUACGUGUUAAUUAAAUUGAUCUGUGAUAGAAUUUCGUUACUGUUUUGUGAUAUCAUUAACAUUUAUAACGAAAACCUGAUUUAUUACGUAUUUAUGUACGCGAAAAGUUACAUGAAUUUGUUUAAAUAAAGUGAAGGUCGUAUUAAAAAGAUAACCAAGUCAGUUUUCGUAAGUAACAGUGUUGUGUUACGUUUGAUGUUUUUACCACUGUGUUAAAUCGCAGCUGAGCCAUAUACCGCCCUUAUUUUAAAGGAUAACAUCAACCUACUUGUCCGUAUUAACUACCUGCUUAGAUACUAUAAAAUGGAGAAUCUAAGAGAGAAUCCAGUUUCACUCCACCGACAUGGACACGGACAUACUAGUAAGGCAAAACGCAGUUGAAAAACUAGACAACCCAAACCAAAUAGACAGCGGCUGCGAAACGAGCACUACAAAGUCGACAGAGGAAAUUUUACUAACAACUACGAUAGUUACGGAAGAAAUAUGUACUGACAAUAACGACGUGUUAGUUUUGAGAACGACACCCGAAAGUAACAGAAGAAUUAUCAAUAAAUCAGCUUAUGCUAAGUUACACAGAUCUUUAUCCCCAACAAGACAGCUCGAUUACAUCAAAUCUAGAUACGAAACAAACGAUAUCGAAAUAAAUAAAAGUGAUACCGAAAAAUCUAAAUUGCAUCGAAAUUCGGAUAUCAAGCUAAACAAACAAGAAGCAGAUUCGACCAGAAAUAAAUCGAAACUACCACUUCCUAAAUCUAAAGCAACGAUAAAAAACGAGAACAAAUUACCGGUACAGAAAGGAGUAGAAAAAUCCAAAUAUCGGCACAGCCUUAUUCUGGAUAGAAAAUCGAAAAAAAAAGAUGAAAAUUCGAAUGAAGUAUUCAGAAAAAGCAGCUCAAGUUCAGGAGAAUUUAUUACUAUAGUACCCAGAUCCGAAUCGAUUGAAACCGUCGAUAAAUUAGAACACGAACUUAGUUUAUUCACAAUGGAUAAAAAACCCAAAGAUAAAAAACGCGCCAACAGCUUUAGGAAAAUAUUCACCGGUAAAAUUUUUAGUAAAGAAAAGAAGAAAAAAGAUGAUACUGAACAACAAAGGAAAACUGUUAAUACCGAUAACAUCCAAAAUGAAAACAACGCUUUUUCAAGACAGUCUCCUUAUAGACACAGCAUGGGAAAUACCAAUAUACCAAAACCAACUAAAAUACCACAAAUAGAAGAAAAGCACCAACAACCUAUAAAUAUUGAAGAAAUAGAAAAGAAAUAUGCACAAAUGCACGUUAAAGAAUUCAAUAAUAUUAAACACAACUUCGAAAAUCCAAAAAGUCCCGAAACACCUGAUAAACCUGUACAAACUGUAAACCCUGGUCCCAUGGAUUUCAAAAAAGUAGCAAAUAUAAACAAAUUUAUCGAUACUAGUUCUUCAGCAAGUACGAUGGAAUCCGAUAGGGAAAAUUCUAUUAAACAAUUCAAUCAAGACACAGAAAAUCCGUAUAGAUCUCUGAGAUUUGCAGAUAAUCAAAGGAAUACGCCUCCGAGAGCACAAGAACUCAGACAAAUACAAGACGUAAAACUAGUAAAUCCGAAAGCCUUAAUCCCUAUCAAUUCAGAAAGACCUUUACCUAAUCCUUACCAAAACAUCGCUUCAAGCAAACCAAAAGUUAGUCCCAAACCACAAUUAACUCGAACUGCUCAUCAUAGUCCUUCCCCAAAACCAAAUAAUACUACUCACUUCAACUAUCCCGAACAAGAACCUAAACCUGUAUUUGAUGAAACCUAUGGCACUGUUUUCGAUAGUUUGGAAUUGAAGAAAGAAGUUCCAGUUCAAAAAAUAAUACUAAAACCACCAAGAUCACCUUCACUAGAACCAACCAAACUAAAAUUGCCACCAAAUAGAGAUGUCGGUCCGAUGUCUCCAAGAAUGAAAUCACCGAUUCCUCAACAUCAUGUUAGUGCCGAAAAGCUAAUAGCUACAGAACUACUAAGAAGCUCUAGAUCACCGACACCAACUAAAAAGAGACCAAACCAAAUCGUUUCGAAUCAACAGAGACAGGAGACUAAUAUAGAUUUUUCAGAUAAUGAAAGUAUGCGGCCAAUUUUAUCAACUAAACCUCCAAUUUCUAGAAUGCCUGAACAUGUUUCAAGAAUCACUUCACUAUCGUCAAAUUAUGAAAAUAAAAAUUAUCGAUCUACGGAGUAUAUAAAUAUUCCUAGACAACAAAUGGCUACAUUUGUCGGUUCACACGAAAAACUUUCAGCUUCCAAAAUCCCUGAACAAAUUCAAAGAACACCGAAUCAUGAAAAUAAGCUUCAACUAGCCGGUUCUCAAGGGAAAAUUUCUCCGCGAAUUCCACAACAUCUAAACGUACAAAGAUAUAGUCAAGUAUCGCCUAUUUAUGGUUCCCAAGAAAGAAUGUCACGUUCAAGAACACCGGAUCAUAUAAACAUUCAAAACCACGCACAAAUAUCUCCGCAUUACGAUAUUAAAAUCAAUGCGGAUUGCCACGAACGAUCUCUAAAUAGUACAAGGAGAUCACCAACACCGAAUAUCCUAUUACAAAAUACAGAGCUAUCUACAGUUAGACCACAAAGCUCUCGAUCAUCUACACCUGUAGAUUUACGAAUACCAUCACAGUCUAAUAAGCAAUCGCCUCAAAAAGAAGAGAUGAGAAGAAGCGUGGAAGCUUACUAUUGGAAGGAAAUAAAGAAAUUAAAAGAAUUAGAAAACAGAGAUUUGUAUUAUUACCAAGUACAAUACAUGCCGUUCGGAUAUAGCGAGGAACCUAUAAGCAUCAGAAAGUCUAGAAGCUCUUCGCCGUCUCAAAGAAAUGGUAGAAGAAGUUUAAGCUUACCAAGAGAACCAAAAUCACAUGUACAGCAAACAACAGAAGUAGAUGGUUACGGAAGAUUUCAACCUAUGCCUAUCCCAGAAGGUAGAGCUGUCGUCAAUUAUUCAAAUUACUAUAAUCAAAACUUGAGAAGAAACGCUCCCGAAAGGCGAACCAUAGACGCUGUUCCAAGGAAUGGUAGUAAUUCGAUGAAUAGACCAAUUUUUAAGAGAGGCAGUCUCACAGCUCCCGUUAGGGAGAUGAUAGAAGAUCAGCAGUACAAAAAAGUUAGUUUUGGUAACAGACAAGACGAAGAUGCGUGGCCUACUAGGAAUGGAUAUACACAAUAUCCGCCUCAAAGACCAAAACGUGUAGAAAGUACAGAUGACGAUGUUUUCUUGCCCAAUUCACAACAAACAACUAAACUAAUUGUUGAUGGUAAAGAAAUAUAUGGAUAUACCAACAGACCCUACGAUAAUUUAGUAGUUAGACAGCAGGAGUCACCAUACUACCAAAAUGCCAAUUUUUAUCGACAAAUUCACCAAGAGCUACCACCAUCAGAAGAUCCUAGGAGUAUGCCUAGAUACAAUACCACUCAACUUGCAGAGCCCACAUAUAUACAACACCAAAGAGUGUCUAGAAGGAUGUCAUUCGAUAAUGUCCAGCCCCAAAGAAGACAAAUAUACGUAAAAGACGACGUAUACGGAUACUUCGGAGGAUAUGUGCCAGGAGAUCAACAAAAUGUCGUGUACGCUUCAAGGCAAAACAUAGAUGAAUCUUUGUACGGUUAUAGCCGAGGUGUUCCUAAACAAAUAACAGUUAGAGAUAAAGUUUGCGAUAUGUACGGACAAAUCCAUGAUAGAAACAGUCCAUCAUUAAAUGUAAAAAAAUCUGGUGUUAUACUUGGACAAGUACAACAGUUACAAAAUUCUUCUUAUUCCCCGUUGCCGAAUCAAAAUUUUGUAAGAAACUCUAGAUUAACGGCAAGUGCUAACGAUAUGUAUAGACGCUAUCAAAACGGUGAUCCUAGAUAUACUAAUAAUGUGAUAUAUGACAUAGCCCCUUCUAGACCUUUACCGCCUGUUCCUACGGAAAAAAAAGUGCAUGUACGACAUAAUAUGGAUAAUGGGGCUGAAAUUAAUGAUUUAGGGAUAAACAAUAAUGCCGGGAAAACUAAAAAACGUGCAGUUUUUGGAGAAUGGCAAUCAAGGCAAACUAAGUAUAAAACUGAAGACGAAUAUCGCCGUUUUUGGCUAGAAAUUAAAAGUACUGAAAAUCUGUCCACGUCAGAUAUAAAAAAGCUUGUACUCAUUGAAGAAUUGAAAUUAGUGAAACUUAAAAUAAAACUGGAAAUUGCUCAUUUGGAAUAAAUAUAAAAGAUUAAUUAUGAA